ACCAUUGCAGCAACCGAUGCAAUCCCUAUGGGAAGCCUUGGCCCUGGAUCUCCUUCGCCGUGCGACUGCGGCGGAGAACAGCGAGUUGCGCAGUGCUGAGAAUGUCGAAGAGAUGUUGGAAAUUGAGGUGCUCUUCCUCACCGGUCAGCGCUGCAUGGUACGCCUCCCUGGCUCCGCCCCUGGCCGCGCGCUGCAGCUGGCGCUCGAGAAGCUGACGGAGCUGCGGGCAGGUGUGACUUUGAAGCUCGCGAUGACUUCCAGGCUCUCAAUGAGUCAGACCUUGCAGCAGCAGGGCUUCACGACAGAGCUUCAAAGCGUGUCUUGUACCUACACAGCCACCAAUCUCUGUGCUGCUUGCUGCUUCCUUUUUGGCAUCUCAGACGAUGAGUUUGCUUUGCAAGGAGUCACAAAGAUGCAUGGCAUCAUGUCCGGUCAGCCGCUGGAAUAUCUCCCCAGGAGCCUGGAAAACUUGACCUUCGGUGCCCACUUCAAUAGAGGCCUCCAGCUUUUGAGCUUGCCCAGCAGGCUGCGGAGCCUGGUCCUUGGCGAUGCUUUUGACCAAACCCUGCUGGGCAUCAGCUGGCCUGACAAUCUUCAGAACUUGACAUUGGGAUCUUCGUUCAAGAAAAACCUGAAAGAUGUGAUUUUUCCAAGAGAUCUUCGAAACUUGACCUUGGGUGCCUUUAGCGCAUCCCUGAGUGAUGUGAACUUUCCGAACAGCCUUCAGAGUCUGGCCUUGAGACGGCUCCGCUCACAGAGCUUGGUGGGCGUAUCUUUGCCCUGCAAGCUGAGAGACUUGACCCUUGGGGAUUUCUUCAACGCGAGCCUGAAUGGAGUGAAACUUCCUAGUAGCCUACGAAGCCUGACGUUUGGGAAACACUUCAACCAAAGUCUGAAGGAUGUGAGGUUUCCCAGCAGCCUUCAAAUCCUAGAGUUUGGGGAGGCCUUCGACCAGCGCUUGACGGAGGUACGCUUUCCCAAUUUGACGAGCUUGACCUUUGGUGACAAGUUCAGCCAAAGCUUGCUGCGGUUGGAACUGACCCACUUGGAGACCUUGGUGCUUGGAAGUGGCUUCACUGGGAGCAUAGAUCAGUUGAACGCCAUGGUAAGUCUUCGACACUUGACCUUUGGAGGCUUCAAAGAGCGGAACCUGAACAACAUAAAUCUGCCCGGUGGUCUUCAGACCUUGACCUUUGGUCCUCUGUUUAAUCAAAACUUGGAGUGCUUGACUUUGCCGAGCGGUCUUCAACACUUGACCUUUGGUGCGUCGUUCAAUCAGAGCUUGGCAGGUGUGACGUUGCCAAGCAGCCUUCAGAGCCUGACUUUUGACCGAGACUUUAACUUCCGGUUGCAGGGUGUGACCUUCCCAGAAAACCUCCGGAGCUUGACUUUUGGCCGCGGAUUUGAUCAGAGUUUGGAGGGUCUGAUCUUUCCCAGCUCUCUGGAGACCUUGCUUCUUGGUUCAUUAUUCAACCAGCCCUUGACGAAUGUGAACUUCCCCAGCAGUCUGCGAUCUCUGACCUUUGGUACCAGGUUUAACCUGCCCAUAGCAAAUGUGAUCUUACCCAGGGGUCUUCAAAGCUUGAGUUUUGGGCAACAAUUCAACCGAAGCUUGGAGCACUUCAACUGGCCCAGCCUCCAAAGUUUGAUGUUUGGCAGCAGCUUCAAUCAGAGCCUGGAACGUGUAGACUUGCCGAUGAGUCUUGAAAGCCUGUGUUUUGGUCAUCGCUUCAACCAGAGCCUGGAGGGCGUCCGGCUCCCAGUGAGCCUCAAGACAUUGGUCUUUGGAAGCGAUUUCAACCAGAGCUUGGAGGGUGUCACCUUUCCAAGUGGCCUUGAGACGCUGAAGUUUGGACAACAGUUCCAGCAGCCCCUUGAGACCUUGGCCCUCCCGAGCUUGCGAAGCUUGACCUUGGACCGCUAUGACGUUGCGCUCUUGGAAGCUGUGCAGUGUCCGCAGCUCCAAUGCCUGGAAUGUCAAGGCGUUUUGCUAAGUACUGAAUCUGAAGAUCCUUCAGAGCGGUGAAUGAGCGAGGGAUGGCAAUGGUACAAGAACUGCUUGAAGUGGUCAACUGACUGCCACGGGUAACUGGCACGUUUUGAGGCAUGUUUUCUGGCCUGGGAUGGUUUCCAGAUUUCGGUGGACUUGUAGCCAAUCAUUCAAGCAGUCAAUGGUGCCGGGCCCAUGUCGGGCGUUGAAAGAAUUCUGGGAGUUCAAGCAUUGGUUUCCCAGUGGACAUGUAAGCUGCGUGAUGAUGAA